AUGCCGCACACUGACUUUGAGGCACGAAGUAUUGAGGACAAUCUUUCAUUUCCUUUAGUAUAUGUUCUGGUUGGCAUACUGCAGAAUGUCAUUGACGUGUCCAGCAGUGGUUCCGGCUCUGGAAUUGAUCCUUCGGAGAGGAGCAUUUUGGGGGAUACGCUGGUGAGCCUGCCCGGCAUCCAGGAGCUCUUUGGGGUGUCAUCCCUGUCCUCUGCGCAACCUUCAUCUUAUGUUGUGUCUCUCUGA